UAACUUCAAUAAAAAAUCAGCAUUAAACACAAUGAAAACAUUCGUUGUCGGCAAAAGCAACGAUGGCAAUCGCAAAAUUUGUUAUCCUGACCAUUUGCGUUCUACAGAGCCUCGCACGGCCGGAAAUUGAACCAAAUUAUGAGAAGAGAAUAAAACGUGCUUCUGAGCUAAGGGGCGAAGAAGCUGAAACUGAUGCGGAAGCUGCCAGGUUCGAUUUCGUGGAAUCCGAUGAGGACUUGGACAGUUCAUUCGACCCAUAUUUGGGAGCUGUUACUACUUCGUUUAAUCAAAAACCCAAUUCUGAAGUCGAGCCCAACGAAGCCCAAUUCGGCUCAACUCAAAAUCGAGGAAUUAAUCUUCGCAGCUUAAUCUCGGCAAAACCCGGCGCUGAAAUCCAAGAAAAACCUUCGAAUCCUUCCACUAAUCUGCCCGAGACCAACUCGCAGGCGGAUGGUUUGGCAAGAAUUGAGAAUGACGACCAGGUGGAAGAGGCAGCUGUAAAUACAGGCCUCCGCAGCUUACCGUCAAAAAAUACUGGCGAAGCAGAAAAUGAACUUCCUAGCAAUUUCGUCGACAAAAAAAGCUUGGAAGAGUUAUUGAAAAAAGCUCUAGCACCUCUGCUUGCAACCAUCAGAAGCAUUCAAGAUCCGCAAGUGCGAUCCCUCCUUGGAGCGAUAAAAGCCCCAAUCAACGUAGUAAAGAAUGUGGGAGAGGGUGCAUUCCAAAUAGUCGAAAGUUUCGUGAAAGAGCUGUUAACCCACAUUGGCCGCAUUCUGCAUUGGAUCCUCCCCAGUUGGAUAUACCAAGCCAUAAUCCCUAGGGAGAUUGUGAGGUUGGUCGAAGAGGAGAGCGAGAUGAGAAGGAUGAGGCUUGCUGCCAGAGCCUAUGAGGUUAAUUUUGGGCGGCCCAUUCAGCAAAUGUCCAAUGGGGCUCCCAUGGAACUUCCUGUUCAGUACAGGCAACAACUCAAAUAUCCAAGAGUUUCCACUCGUAUGCAUGGAAAGCAGAAUAGAGUAGAAUAAACUUGAAUGUAUUCAAAAUAUUUUUAAUAAAGUUGUUGCAUAUU